AACUUCAAAAUAUCCCCAUAUAUUAGAACUUGUAAGAAACCGCUUCCUUUCCCCCUUUCAAAAAGAUUCCAUUUUCUAUUUUCCCAGAAAACAAAAUCACCAAGCCAAGGCACCUGAGAAUUUACACAGAUAUACGCCGCAAACAAGUCACACCCCACGUUGCCAUUUUCGAAUUCGAUCUUGAUUCUCAAUUCAAAACCAAAGUCAAAAUGGAAAUGCGGGUGUGUAAGCCAUCGCUGAAAAAGCUAAGACGGGCAACCAUAAUAUUGGGAACUUCAAACAUGGUGGUGUUUCUUUUGGGUGUGUUGAUCGUGAUUCUUGCUCACUCGUCAUGCGAUUUCCAAUACUUGGUUCCCUUUGUGGCUGUUUCUUUGGGUUCUGGGUUUAGACUCGUGGUUAUGGUGCAGUGUGGACUUGCCCAAUAUGCCACUGCCCAGACGAUUCUUGACUCUCCUUCCUCUGCCAUUGUCGACAGACGGAGGAGGUACAAGACAUGGAUACGGUGGAGUCGGUUUGCAUUGGUGAUUACUGUGUUACAGUUUGUGGGUGCAAUUUAUCUUGUGUUCCAUGUUGCCAAACAUAAAUCUCAGUUUGACGAUGGAAAGUUUAAGGACUGUGUUUUAGGGAUGAUUUCAAACAGUAGCAGCUGGGGGCAAAAGUUACUGGUUUUUUUUAUGAUCAUGGUGUGCUUUGUUGGACUAGUGCAGUGUUUUACGGGACCAGAUAUUCUAAAGUGGAGAUCUUUUUAUGCAACCCAAGACAAUGCAUGGAAAGCUCACUAUCGGGAAGUAUUCGAUAAUGGCAUGCGUGAGGCUUUGUGCUGUCUGGGACGUGUCAAAUACUUGAGUAUGUCAGAGGAAGAUGAAAUUUAUUCUGUAGCAAGACUAUUGGGUGACCUUGUUGCUUAUCGUGCUUCAGGAACUGGGCAUCUGGAACUCUUGGCAGGUCUAGCCUUAUUGCAGAGGCAUAGUCAUUCCUUAAAAUCACUUGACGAUGUUGUUGAGGCACCUGAAGAACGCCUUAAGGAGGCUGCAGCUCUUCAUAAAUUUGCCGUAGCUGCUUACACGGGUCCUUUACUUGAUAUUGGAAGAAAUCCUUUAUUUUUUCCUUGUGCAUGGCUUUAUAGGCAAGGGAUUUUGACGCCCUGGACUCGUAACAGGCGGCCCAAAAUUGAUGGUGACAACUGGUGGCGAGGCCAUGCAGCAGCCUUUUUAAAAUAUGUUAAUUUAUCCCCAGAAGUACUUAGACAUGGGCGUGUUAACCAGGCAAAAUGUGAAGCUGCAUACUUCAUUGUGGUUCUGCAUCAUUUGAGAUCGGUAGUAAUUGCUAUAAGAGGAACUGAGACUGCUGAAGAUCUCAUAACUGAUGGUUUAUGUAAGGAGUGUGCCCUUUCUGCAGAUGACUUGGAUGGAUUGAUGAAUUCAAGUGAUAUUGAUCCUGUUGUGAAGUGCAGCGUGGACUCAUCUUUCCCACACUAUGGUCACUCAGGUAUAGUUGAGGCUGCACAGGAUCUUUUCAUGCAAAUUGAUGGGACUGCUUUUGACCAUGAUGCAGAGUCAAGUGGCUACCUUUCCUCAUUGCUUGGAGCUAGAUGUGAGUGUGAUGGGUAUAAUGUUCGCAUAGUGGGGCAUUCCCUUGGAGGUUCAAUUGGUGCAUUGCUAGGAAUCAAACUUUAUAGCCGAUACCCAAAUUUACAUGUCUAUGCGUAUGGGCCCCUUCCGUGUGUGGAUUCAGUUGUUGCAAAUGCUUGUUCAGACUUUGUUACAAGUACUGUAUGCAACAAUGAAUUUUCAGCUCACCUUUCAAUUGGAUCCAUCCUGAGGCUUCGUGCAGCUGCAAUUACAGCACUGUCGCAAGAUAACAAGACUGACACCACCAUGGUUUUUCAACUUGCACGCCGAUUUUUGUAUGUGAGCAACUAUCAGAGAAACAGGACUGAGGUAAAAGAUCCUGCUUCAGAUUUUUAUUCUGGGGCCAUCACAGCUGAAGAUUUCAAUCACCACAUCAAUGGAAGUCAAAUUCAGAAUCAGAAUGAUUCUCCAGUAAGCGAGGGACAGCAUCAAGGGUUUUCCCUCUGGAAUGAGGCUGACAAUAAUGAUUCUAUUAUUGAAAUCGAUGAUGGUGAAUUCACCAAUCCUAUUGCAACCACUGUAAAUACACGUGAUGACCCCAUAUCUCAGUUUAUGGAAACCGUCCCAAGAUCUGAAAAUGGGUCAGCUGGGGAUCCCCCAGAAUUGUAUUUGCCAGGCCUUAUAAUUCACAUGGUACCACAGCAAAGAAGCUCACAUACAUCUCUGUGGAAAUGCUGUACUGUGCUAGAUAAGGCACAAAGUUAUAAAGCUUACAUAGCAAACAGAGAAAGCUUCAAAGAUAUUAUUGUGUCGCCAUCUAUGUUUCUUGACCAUCUCCCUUGGAGAUGUCAUUAUGCAAUGCAAAAAGUAUUGGAAGCUCAAGGUGCCCAAGCUGUCUGAAUCUCAUUCUGUUUAAGUGUAAGUCAAUUUGGAAACUCCAGCAUAUAUUUGACAGAGCAGAAUUUCCCCCCCCCUUCUGUGGUUUUGGGAUGGUGUUGCAUGUCUGAAACCUAGAUAUGUGGAUAAAUGAAUGAAACUAAUUCAGAAAUGGCAUCUCCUGUGAUUACUUGACAGUUGACACUCAACUACCGAAAAAAGGGGGCAUUCCUUAUGUUAUUCUUGUACAUGCCUAUAGUUGGUCAACAAUCUGUAAUUCCAAGUUUUCAAAAGGUUGCAAUUGUGACCUUUUAGAAUUAAUUUGUAGAAACAUCUUCCACAUGCCUAAGUUCUUGAAGCUGUGCCACCACAAUCAACCCUAGACCCUGCAGGCAGGCUCUGCUAGUAGUUAAAUUCAAUGGUGUUAGGGAGCACAUUUUCAUGGGUUUCAUAGUUGUUUACAGCUGCAGCAUCCAAUCUUCCCUAUUGGUCGAAUAUCAAUUUUCAUGUUUUCAAUUACUAAAUUGAAAGCUAUGGAGCUUCAUUGCGGUAUGUUAUUAGUACCUGAUUUGAAAUACGAUUCUGCAAAGAAAAUCUUAAAGCAAAAGUGCAAUAGUUGGAUUAAUUCCUCUAUGAAAUUUUGGCUGGUGAGUUGUGACACAUUUUGUGCUUUUUUGUUAAACUGGUAGGAUUUGUCCCAAUUAUCUGUAUAAUGUGUGUAAAUUCUCCUUUCUGAAAUGAUAGUCAAGUUUUCCCAUGUAA